GCCACCUGCCCCGGCCCCUCCGCAGCCCCGCCCCGGUCCCGCCGGAGGCGGCGGGGGUGUCGCUGCCGGGGGCGCGCGGGUGGAGGAGGAGGAGGAGGAGGCGGGAGGAGGAAGGCGGCAGCAGCAGCUCUCGGGAGGAGCCUGUCCAGCGUGAGACAGCACAUUCAGCCGGCGGCGGCGGUCCUGCCGCAGCGGCGGGCGGCGCGGCUUAGCACGGCUCGGCUCGGCACGGCUCUAGCUUAGCACGGCUCGGCUCAGCACGGCGCAGCUGCCGGUCUCGGCCAUUCAGUCAGCGAGGCAUCACUCCCCUCUCCCGGCGGCGAGGGCUCAGUGAGGGCUGCGCAGCGCCGGGAGCCCUUCCACAUCUCCCGGGCGCCGGCGGAGCAGAGUCAAAAUGUCAGACAAAAGUGAUUUAAAAGCAGAACUUGAGCGCAAAAAGCAACGUUUGGCUCAGAUAAGAGAAGAAAAGAAACGGAAGGAGGAAGAACGGAAGAAGAAAGAGGCUGAUCUACAGCAAAAGAAGGAGCCAGCUCAGGAAGAUUCUGACCUAGACCGUAAAAGAAGAGAGACAGAAGCUUUGUUACAGAGCAUUGGUAUAUCUCCAGAACCACCUCUAGUGCAGUCGCUGCAUGUGUUAACAUGGGAUACCUGUUAUUUUCAUUAUUUAGUCCCAACCCCUAUGUCUCCCUCUUCGAAAUCAGUGAGCACACCCAGUGACGCAGGCAGCCAGGACUCAGGGGAUCUGGGACCCAUAGGAAGGACCUUGCAAUGGGACACAGACCCCUCAGUGCUGCAACUCCAGUCUGACUCUGAACUUGGACGCAGACUGCACAAACUAGGGGUGUCAAAGAUUACCCAGGUUGAUUUCUUACCUCGGGAGGUGGUAUCAUACUCCAAGGAGACACAGACACCUCUUGCCACACAUCAAUCUGAAGAGGAUGAAGAUGACGAAGAGAUGGUGGAGCCAAAAGCACAGGAUGACUUGGAGAUGGAAAGUCAGGACCAGAAGCAGGAAGUGAAAGAAGCUCCUCCUAGAGAACUGACAGAAGAAGAGAAACAACAAGUUCUCCAUUCAGAAGAAUUCCUGAUAUUUUUUGAUCGGACAAUACGUGUAAUUGAGCGAGCUUUGGCUGAAGAUUCAGACAUCUUCUUUGACUAUAGCGGCAGAGAUGUAGAAGAAAAAGAUGGAGAUGUUCAAGCAGGAGCCAAUCUUUCCUUCAACCGACAAUUUUAUGAUGAGCACUGGUCAAAGCAUCGUGUUGUCACCUGUAUGGAUUGGUCUCUUCAGUACCCUGAGUUGAUGGUUGCAUCUUACAACAAUAAUGAAGAUGCUCCACAUGAGCCUGAUGGGGUAGCCUUAGUAUGGAACAUGAAGUUCAAGAAAACCACACCAGAAUAUGUGUUCCAUUGUCAGUCCUCUGUGAUGUCAGUCUGUUUUGCCCGCUUUCACCCAAACCUUGUCGUCGGUGGAACAUAUUCUGGCCAAAUUGUCUUGUGGGAUAAUCGCAGUCACAGGCGCACUCCAGUUCAGAGAACUCCCUUAUCUGCUGCUGCUCACACGCAUCCUGUGUAUUGUGUGAAUGUAGUUGGGACACAGAAUGCGCACAAUCUCAUUACCGUCUCUACGGAUGGCAAAAUGUGCUCCUGGAGCCUGGACAUGCUCUCAACUCCACAGGAGAGCAUGGAGCUUGUGUACAAUAAGUCCAAACCAGUGGCGGUUACAGGAAUGGCUUUUCCAACUGGAGAUGUCAAUAAUUUUGUCGUUGGCAGUGAAGAGGGAACAGUCUACACAGCUUGUCGUCAUGGAAGUAAAGCUGGCAUUGGUGAAAUUUUUGAAGGCCAUCAAGGACCUGUCACAGGAAUCAAUUGUCACAUGGCAGUGGGUCCAAUUGACUUUUCUCAUCUCUUUGUCACAUCAUCAUUUGACUGGACAGUCAAAUUGUGGACCACAAAGCACAACAAGCCGCUCUACUCCUUUGAAGACAAUGCCGACUAUGUCUACGAUGUCAUGUGGUCGCCAGUGCAUCCCGCGCUCUUCGCCUGCGUGGACGGGAUGGGGCGCCUGGAUCUGUGGAACCUGAAUAACGACACCGAGGUUCCCACAGCCAGCGUCACCAUAGAAGGAGCCUCUGCCCUCAACCGUGUCCGCUGGGCCCAGGCUGGGAAGGAGGUAGCAGUUGGUGAUUCAGAAGGCCACAUAUGGAUCUAUGAUGUUGGAGAGCUGGCUGUUCCACACAACGACGAGUGGACCCGCUUUGCUCGGACCUUGGUGGAAAUCCGUGCCAACCGAGCAGACAGCGAAGAGGAAGGGGCAGUGGAGCUGUCGGCCUAGAGGAAGAGGAGCUGCAGCGCCUGCCACCGCCAGAACAGCAGCUUUCACCCGCUGAGUACGCCGGUGUUCAGUGUCAGAGUCUGUCUUGCUGUGGCUUUUGAUGCCAGUGUACAUGCCAGUAUUGCUCAAAGCAUUCUAUAUUAAUCACACUGCUUUACACAAGGCUGAAAAUAUCCAGAGCAUUUUCAUACUUUAUAUUUCUGUCUGAAAAGUAAGAAAGAAAAGACAAAUCAACCCUUUAUGGGUUUAGUUGUUGCCUUUUAACUACUUAGUAGCUGUAUUUAAUAGCUAGGAACCCCUGGUUAAACUUGUGCUCACAUUGCCCUUCUGGCAUAGUCCUAUUAAAUCCAUAUGAAGCCAGAUAUGAUUAUGUGCAGAUGUGGUGUGCUUCACUGUAUGGGACUGGGCCAAAGACUUUAGAUGUGGUGUUUCACAUGGUGACUUACAUUAUGAAUGGAUGUACUAUACGAAAGUUGCUGCUCCUUAUUUAUUGCGGUGUGCUGCAUGGAACAUAUUUAUUUGAAAGCAUUAAAAUAAACGAUCCUAAAGCAUGUGCAUAAUGAGAGAACUGCAUUGUCUGUGUGCUGCUGUAGAGGUUACAUUAAAGUCCACGUAACAAUUACAGUACAUCAGUUGUGCUUAAGAUAUAAGAUCUAUAAAGGUUGGCUUGAGUGGAUGGAAUGAGUUUCCUUUCCUUUUUUUUUUAAGAUGCCUAUUAUUUCUAGGCACUUUAACUAUAUUUCAGAAAGAGUUGGUCACUGAUACUUGUCAUGCAAGUUAACACUAACAGUCUGACUAAGGGUUGUGGUUCCUGAGUAUGACACUAGUAUUUGCCAAUAAAAUGUAUCAGGCCUGUUC